AUGUUUGGCUCCCCAAAGCGUGCUGCUUUGGCAGCCGCAAGUCUUCUGACUGUCUUCGGAAACGGCCCAUCAGUCAUGGCACAGGAAACUGCAAGCAGCAAUGCUGUUGUCGCGGAUGGCAAGACCUUCGCCCUCAAUGGAGAGAACGUCUCCUACCGCUUCCGAGUGAAUGAGACCACCGGCGACCUGGUGUCAGAUCAUUUCGGUGGCAGCAUCACUGGCGAUAUCUUCCCAGGACCGGGUCCCGAGGCACUUGGCGGCUGGGUUGGUUUGGCUGGUCGUACUCGCCGUGAAUUUCCAGAUCACGGCCGAGGAGACUUUCGGAUUCCCGCCGUUCGGAUUCGCCAAGAGGCAGGCUACACCGUGACAGAUUUGCAAUAUCAAUCGUACUCGGUGAUUCCGGGGAAGCCUGCUUUGCCCGGCUUGCCGGCAACCUUUGGUAGCGAGGAGGAUGUUACGACUUUAGUGGUACAUCUGUACGACAACUACAGCUCCAUCGCUGUGGACCUGUCGUACUCCAUCUUCCCUAAAUAUGAUGCCAUUGUGAGGAGCGCGAACGUUACGAACAAGGGUACCCAAAAUAUCACAGUCGAGGCACUGUCUAGUUUCAGCUUUGAUUUCCCCUAUGAAGACCUUGACAUGAUUAGCCUCAGGGGCGACUGGGCGAGAGAAGCCCACCGUCAGAGACGGAAGGUGGAAUACGGUCUCCAAGGCUUCGGAAGUAGUACUGGUUUCUCCUCCCACUUACACAACCCCUUCCUUGCGCUAGCGCAUCCCUCGACAACUGAGUCUCAGGGCGAGGCCUGGGGGUUUUCCCUUGUCUACACGGGCUCUUUCUCGGUUGAUGUCGAGAAGGGUUCCCAGGGCCUCACCCGUGCUCUUCUGGGAUUCAAUCCUAGUCAGCUGUCCUGGCAGCUGGGUGCUGGCGAAACACUCACCUCUCCGGAAUGUGUUUCAGUCUACUCAAACGACGGUGUCGGCGGCAUGUCUCGUUCAUUCCAUCGCCUCUACCGCAACCAUCUGAUCAAGAGCAAGUUCGCCACAUCGGACCGCCCAGCGCUGCUUAACAGCUGGGAGGGUCUGUAUUUCGACUACAAUGAGAGCACAAUCUACCGCCUGGCGGAAGAGUCGGCUGCUUUGGGAGUGAAACUGUUCGUGAUGGAUGAUGGCUGGUUCGGCGACAAGUACCCCCGUGUAUCGGAUAACGCCGGUCUGGGUGACUGGGUGCCCAACCCGGACCGUUUCCCUGACGGUCUGAGCCCGCUGGUGGAAAAUGUCACGAAGCUGAAGGCAGCAAACUCAUCCACUGACCUGCGCUUUGGUAUCUGGGUUGAACCAGAAAUGGCCAACCCCAACUCGACCCUGUACCACGAACACCCUGACUGGGUGCUCCAUGCCGGCCAAUACCCACGCACUCUGCAACGUAACCAGCUCGUUCUCAACCUUGCUUUGCCUGAGGUGCAAGACUAUAUCAUCGACUCCAUUACCAACAUCCUCAACAGCUCGGCUAUUUCCUACGUGAAGUGGGAUUUCAACCGGGCGAUGCACGAGACACCCUCUCCCAGCAACGACCACGAAUACAUCCUGGGCAUGUACCGGGUGUUCGAAACCCUGACCACGCGCUUUCCGGAUGUUCUGUGGGAAGGCUGUGCCUCUGGUGGUGGACGCUUCGAUCCUGGUGUCCUCGAGUACUUCCCGCAGAUCUGGACCUCCGACAACACCGAUGCCCUGAUGCGCAUCACCAUCCAGCUCGGUACCUCUCUGGCAUACCCACCCAGCGCCAUGGGUGCCCAUCUCUCAGCGGUCCCGAACGCACAGACCGGACGUACCAUUCCUGUCAAAUUCCGUGGUCACGUCGCCAUGAUGGGUGGAUCAUUCGGUCUCGAGCUCGACCCCGCCGAGCUGCACGAGGACGAGAAGGCUGAGGUUCCCGGACUGAUCGCGCUGGCAGAAAAGGUCAACCCAAUCGUACUGACUGGCGAUAUGUGGCGUCUCAGGCUUCCUGAGGAGUCCAACUGGCCAGCGGUGCUAUUCAUCUCCGAGGAUGGCAACCAAGCCGUCCUCUUCUACUUCCAACUCGGCCCUAAUGUUAACCAUGCUACUCCCUGGAUCAGGCUUCAGGGGUUGGAUCCCAAGGCCACGUAUAGCGUUGACGGCAGUGGAGCGUACUCGGGUGCGACAUUGAUGAACAUGGGGUUGCAGUAUAAGUUUGAAUCGGAUUAUGAUAGCAAGGUUGUAUUCUUGCAGAAGCAGUGA